CUGUCUAAUAUAGUAAAGGGACUGUAGCGACAAGUGAGUAGAUGCUAGAGCUAGACUACUGUCUGUCCCUAUCUUUAGUUGCAUAUAGUCUUGCAUUCCGUACCAAUAAAAUUUAAAAGUAAAUAAAGUAAAAACUAAAAACGAAAUUGCUAUGAAAGUUAUGAACAUUGAACAACUUAAAAAUAAAUAAUUAUUUGUGAUUAAUUAAAAUUUAAUGCACGUUUUCAUUAAUUUCUCCAACGCAUGUUGUUGUAGAGUCGAUAUUGUGUAAUUUUUACAAGAGUAAUUUAUAAUCUAAAACAAAAAAGCCUUUUAAUUACCUAAUUUGAUUACAUAUCUUUGCUUAAGUUUCUAAGUUCUGUAGAUUACACAACGAAUUAAGAAAAAUGACUUCUACUCGAGCGGCUGGAUUGGUGAUAUAUAAAAAUGUUAAUUGUUUAAUAGAGUUUCUAUUAUUACAAACAUCAUAUGGAGGACAUCACUGGACACCACCAAAAGGUCAUGUUGAUCCUGGUGAAUCAGAUUGGGAAACUGCUUUAAGAGAAACAGAAGAGGAAGCUGGCUUGUGUGAGAAAGAUUUAGAGAUUCAUAAGAAUUUAAACAAAACUCUUUCUUAUAAUGUUAAUGAGAAACCUAAAGAAGUGGUGUACUGGUUGGCAAAAUUAAAGAAUCCAAAUACAGCAGUUAAACUAUCAGAUGAACACCAAGACUUUAAAUGGUUGCCACUUCAACAAGCUCAAGAAAUAUCCGGCUUUGAGGAUAUGAAGAUUUUGCUGUCUGAAUUUCAUGAAUAUGCUAUAAAAUUGGAAGGCAAUAAAAAUGUAGAGUAACACUACUAAUUUUGAAAUUUAUCAGCAACCUGUAAAUAAGUAAUAUGUAUACAAUAAAAAGUAAUAUAAUAUAGUUU